UUGAAAUUGUUAAAAGAUAGUUCCAGACUGUUCCAUUAUUGUGCCACCCCAAUAUUAUUCUCCUCUCAGUGGCGCCAUAGAGUCGUGGAGAAAACUACUACUCAAUUUAAACAGGAUAAUAAACGUUCUGAAAGCCAAGAUGACCGUCGGAAGCCAACAACACCACAAGAUUCUCCUGAAAUUCGUAUAAGUACAUCACAAGAGGAAACAUGGCAUAUUAAACUACGAGAUAAUUUUAUUAAAGAGUAUAUGAGUUAUCUACAGAAUCUAGGUUUUAAAACUGUCAAAGUUCAACAAUCUUCAAGAAAAAGGCUAAUGAGAUUUAUUGUUAUUUUUAGGGCUAGUGACAUACCCAGUACGUAUAAUAUAUAUACAGGAGAAGAAACCAAUCUGACAUCAGUUAGUCUACAGAAAACAAUGACAGGAGGAAUAUUACUGAUGGAUAUUGGAUAUAGAGAAGAAUAUUUCUGUGUCAAGUUAUUUGUUUUCGACUAUUCUCAGAUCAGUAUUAACAUUAAUCAACAGAUGAAAUUAUUAUUUGUUGAUGAGUGUCAGAGAUAUAAAGAUUUAAUUCAUGUUCACAGUUUUGCUCAUGAUUUUCACCUGCGCUGCAUUCAACGUUAUAUAUCUGGGGAAGAAACUAUAUUUCACCAAGGUUUUCAUCUGACCAAUUUCCUCACUGAUUUUACACAGAUUUAUUCUUACGCUCCAAGUUUCUCUCGAAAUUGUCUCCAACAAGAAUAUGUGAUGCUGUCAGACUCUCACUGUAUUAAUGAUCAAGUUUUUGAGUAUAUGAUUAAACAAAUGAAACAGUAUGAGAUGAGAGUUGUUAAAAUGAAGGCUGUUGUAGAUUAUGAUAAUGUUGAUGAGUAUGCAUUAUUAAGACAUCAUAAAUUGGUAAAUUCAGGCCAGAAGGAAACAGAUGAUUAUGAUGUGGGAUUAAUAAUAACCCAAGAGGUUGUUCAAGGCAGAACUAGUCCGGAUACAGAUCGACCUAUUUUACGAUUAAAAUAUUUUGUAUUAUUAACCAGAAGACAGGAUUGUUUUCCUUUGAAGAAUUUAGAAAAACGAUUGGUUGGAAUUCGACCAAAUAGACUCUUACCUACAGUCCAACCUGUACCAGUUAAACAACAUAUUGGAGUCCGUCAAGAAAUCGUGGAUUAUUUGGGCUACUCUAAUAAACAUCAGGCAGCUAUUUAUGAAUUAUUAUCCAGAGAAAUGAAAUCAUCUUGUAAUGAAAUCAAAGAAAUGGUGGAAACGUCGAAAAGUAAAUGUAGACGUGACUUGUUGUGGAAGAGAAUGUUGAAUAAUGAAGAGGAACAGAAGAAACGACGGAAAACUGAUUUAGAAGACAAUCGGAAGUUGAGUUAUGAUGAGUUUCAAGAAUUAUUAAAGAUGGUGAUUAGAACUCCAUUAAGUAACGAGGAUGUACAGUUAUUACCAUUAUCUACCAUGCCGGUUUCUUGGUAUCGAACUUUAGUACCAAUCUUGAUGUCUAAAUAUUCCAACCAUUAUCGAUGUUUUACCUCUACCGACGGCCUGAAUCAAUGUAUAGUAAUUAUUUUCCAGGAUUUGAGUAAAGUUAUACAGGAAGCAAUUACAGAACAGGACAGCAUUUUGACUAGUCCUAAUUUUUCUACAAUUAGUAUGUACAGUCAUAUUGAAGAUUUCGUUAAUACUUGUUGUUUUCAUCUCUGGUCUACAUUGCUCUGA